AUGGAAGAAGGUGUGUUUUUAUUGUGCAAUGGCGGAUUAUUGUGUGAUAAACCAACAGUAAGUAACUUUUUCAUAUCAUUCUCUAGUGUAAAACUGAACUAUUAUGAUACCGACAACGAAACUAAAUGUCGCUUAAAAUGUGCAGCCAACAUAAGCGGAGAAACGCACAGAAAUUUUUUUACUGAAUACUGGAACCUCUCGAAUAUCCAUUUCCAAAGAACGUUCUUGAACAGUUGCCUUUCUGAAAUCAACCCCCGAUACCGAAAUUACAUUAACUCCAUAUCGCGACUCGAAAGCCACUACUGCCGAUCGAAUAGUAAAAAGAAGUACAUUGAAGGAGAAAAGUCGAUUGCAGAUCUGUAUCGUGAUUACGCCGAGAUCCAGAAAGAGGCUGGGCGAUUAUUUGUUAAGUACGCAAGGUACGCAUUCAUAUUCAACAGAGAGUUCAACAUUGCUUUUCACAACCCCAAAAAAGAUCAGUGUUAUUUUUGUUUGGGCUGCCUAAACGCCUUAAGAGAAAAGGAAGAAAAAAUGCAGAUGAAGGAUCAGAAAAAAAUAUGA